AUGGAAGACAGACCUUCACACGUGGAGAACAACCUCCUGAAAGGCGGCGUAACGGCUCUCACAGGCGCGGGGUCCGGGUUCAGGCUGGCAAUGCCAUCCCUCCGUACGACUCAAGAACCCUUGGACGAUGUGUGCAUAGACAUUCCCGCUGAUGCCAUCUCGGCAGUUCUGAAAGAGUUAAACUCAGAGACUCUCUCUAUCGGAACCCUCUGGUUUGUGGAUGACAGCCUGUUUCCAGUGGAGGACAAUGACACUUUGCUUCUGAACAAUCGAACAGUGGCCAUCGAAGUGGAUCACGAGGUGGAGAACCUGUCCAGCUGCUUUCGGAUCACGUUUUUCCAGCAGAAUGCAUCACUGAGAAACUUUACACAAAAAUGCGUCUUCUGGGAUGUUCGAAAUGACUUUACGGCGUACUGGAGUAGCUCCGGCUGUGAGACGGAGAUGAGGGACGGGCGAGUCGUCUGCUGCUGUAAUCAUCUGUCUGUCUUCGCUGUGCUACUGUCUCCAGUGAAUGUGACUUUGAGUCGGAGUUCUGUAUGGAAACUGACGCUGCUGUCUCAGAUUGGCUGCAGCAUCUCCAUCUUCUUCCUGUCCCUGGGCCUCUGUGUGUUUGUCUUCUACAGACGAAGGACCUCCAAUCCUGACAACUCCUUCAGCAUCCACGCUCACCUCAGUGUCGCUCAACUCUUCCUCAACAUCAUCUUCCUCCUCAGCGACCCACUGACCCAGCUGCAUGUCCACGCGCUGUGUGUGGUGGUAGCCGCCCUCACACACUUCUCUCUGCUGUCCACACUCACCUGGUUCGCCAUGGAGGGGCUGCACCUGUACCUGCUUGUGAUCAAGGUCUUCAACAUCCAUUACCGCAGAUACCUGCUUAAACUCAGCCUGACAGCCUGGGCACUGUUAAUAAAGUUAUUCAAGGCCCGUGCCUUCCGUUCCCCGUCCGAAGAGAGGAGUCGACUCUUGGGCAAACUCCUCAGCCUGCUGGGCCUCUCCUCUUUACUGGGGGUCUCCUGGGGAGCAGUCAUCUUCCAGUUUGGCCCUUUACAGGAGGCUCUCAUGUAUGUCUUCUGUAUCAGCAACUCUCUAAAUGCACUGUUAAUAAAGUUAUUCAAGGCCCGUGCCUUCCGUUCCCCGUCCGAAGAGAGGAGUCGACUCUUGGGCAAACUCCUCAGCCUGCUGGGCCUCUCCUCUUUACUGGGGGUCUCCUGGGGAGCAGUCAUCUUCCAGUUUGGCCCUUUACAGGAGGCUCUCAUGUAUGUCUUCUGUAUCAGCAACUCUCUAAAUGGUUUCUUUCUUUGCUUUAGAUUUGUGUUAUUGAUAAAGACACUAAAGAAGGACGGCUCCACCAUCACCAUCAGCACUAACUCCACCCCUGGCGCUCCAUCCAGCAGCCCCAGAUAG